UGGCGUUGGCAGUUUUUUUUCCUCUCGGUGUGCCCGCAGUCGUCGUCUCCGGUCGCCGCCGUCGUUUUCGAAAUACGCGAACCGAAAUCAAUGCAGUCGGUUACAAUUAUAUAUAGUCAUCUGGUUUGAAAGUCGGAUUUAUAUCAUAUUAGGUAUCUAAUUGGGCAAAUGUGUCUGCUGUAUCUGUGGAACGUCGUCGUCGAACGUAUCGCGUGUCGCGUCCGAUAGUCGUCCGCCGCCGCCGCCGUUGCCCGUGCUAUCGCUAUCGGCCCCGCAGCCAGCAGCUAUGAUGCCAUCAUUGAGUGUCGCUACUCCGGCCGGAUGACAAACGUCUGCGGGCCAGCCAGCACAACCAGCCUCCUCCACAAACCGGACCGCCGUCGGCUCCAUCGAUUUCGGUUCAUUAAUAUACCGUCGCUAAGUUCAAUGACCUCCCUUUGACCUGAUGUUGAAAACUGAAUAUUGUGAAACAGAACCAUCCAGAAGAGAUGCCAUGAUAGGACGAUUGUAUUCAUUUAUUUUAUCGGUCGGCAUCUUAACGAUAAUUACAUUUACCUUGUGGUCGGUAUGGAGCAAAAUCGUCGACACCCAAGAAGCCCAUUCGGGUCACGUCGAGUACCGUAUACUGACCGUAGAAAACGUAACGUCCAAGCCGUUCGAACAGCGAUCUCUGUCCGAUUCGGAUCUUCACGCCCUGAUCGAUUUGCCGUCGUUCAAUUUCGUCAUCAACCAAAAAGUGUGCAACAACAACACACAAUUGAUCAUGGCGUUGGUUCACACGGCGCCCGGUCAUCGCGCCAAACGGCAGAGCAUACGCGACACGUGGGCGAAAAUGAUACCGACGUUGUUUUUCAUGGGCCUGCCCGAGUCGAACGUCACGCAAAGCGACAUAAUCGCGGAAAACCAAGUGUACAGUGAUAUAGUACAAGGCGACUUCGUAGAUUGUUACCGUAAUUUAACCUACAAACACGUGAUGGUACUCAAGUGGACGUUGUACUACUGUCCGAGCGCCAGAUAUUUGCUCAAAACCGACGACGACACGUUCGUCAACGCUCCGUAUUUGUUAGAAAUACUGCACAAAAUAUCGCCCUUAGGUGCACGUAAUUUACUUAUGUGCCAACUACCCGAAUCCACCAUAGUCAAACGGUCGUAUCGCUCCAAAUGGAGAGUUUCCUACACGGAAUACCCAAAACGAUGGUAUCCGACUUACUGCAAAGGUUGGGCGAUCGUUUAUUCGCCCGACGUUGUUUACAAGCUGUACACCCAGGCACAGGUGACGCCGUAUUUCUGGAUCGACGACGUUCACAUAACGGGCACCAUAGCGGUCCAGCAGAACAUCACGCAAACGGAUUUGGGCGAAUUGGCCGUCAACGAGUCGGACGUGUUGUCCAAAACAAAACUACCGCCAAAGUUUGUAUUCUGCCUGUUGACAAACGCAAACAAGUCGAUGAGGAAACUCUGGCACAAAGUGUUGCGACCCGAUGACGAUGUGGUCGAUCUGUCUUCGACGACACCUUGACAUUCGGUACACAUUGUAUGUAUACCUGAUUAGAAGUCCGUUUGGCUCGCAUACUGAAUUGUGAUAAGUAAAAUGUUUAAAAAAAAAAAAAAUUGUAUUUAUUUUAUUAGGGAGUUAUUAAAAUAAUAAAAUUAUUUUAGUAUUUAAAAAGGCUGAUAAGACUUAAAAGUUAGUUUAAAAAAAAAAAUUGUGAAUAUAUAUAUUUAUAUAAAUUUAUAAAUAACAGUACCUAUAUUUAUAUUUUAGCUAUUAAGGUACGCUAAGUUGAAAACUCGAGCGCCACACGUUAUCGUUAAUAAUGUUGUUGUUUUAGAUAGCUAAUAAAUUUUAGCUAUUUCAGAAAAAAAGCCGUUUUCUUCGACAAUUGUAUAUUAAUAUUUUAUACAUCACAUAAUUAAAAAAAUAGACUUAAUUCGUACAUACAUUUCAAACGCUAAAGGUGUUUGAAAACAACAAUUUUUUACAAAAUACAAUAAUAGCAUUACCACCUAUAAGUGAUAUAUAGGUCGUAAAACCAUUUAACAACAUUUUAUAAUAUGUAUAUUUAGAAUGGCUAAAAAUAUAUAGAUUUUGCAUUCCAAUAACAGUUACUACUGAGUACCCGUUUAAAAUUGUACGUACACUUGUUUCGUUUUAUAUAGUAUUUUUACAAUUUUCGGCCAAAUUUAAAUUAUCCUGAUUUUUUUAUUUUGAAAUUGUUCCGUUCCAAACUUAAUUUCCGAAUACGUAACCGAUGAUAUUACCGACAAUACCGUCACGACCAAUUGGACUAUGGUCGUUUGCGUUUUUAACUGUCGCGCUUUACAGGCGACAAUUGUUCCUAAUAAGUCUCGUAAUGUCGAUGUAAAAUCUUUAAAAUUAAAAUUUACGGUUAUUCGAAAGAAGAUCUCAUGUUGUGUACUUAGAUUUUUGUAUUUAGCACGUCGAGUUAAUGAAAUUAACACAAUGAAUUUUAGUCGUAAUUUCCAUUGUCCAAUAGAUAAUAAUGUAUAAUGAAUAAAAAAAACCUUAAAUCUAACACGAUAAUGAAAACGGUGUUAAAAAUCAGUGGCAACAAUAGGACAUUCAAAAUUAUUACACUUAUCGCCUAGUGAUAAGUCAAUUUUUUAAAAAACCGAUGAGUAUUAGUUAUACGUCUUAUCGCACAUAUAUGUUUUUUUUUUUAAUUAUCAUAAUAAUAUUAAACAUUGAUGUUGUUAUAGAAAUCAAACGUGUUUAGUUUUAUCUGUUAUGUAAAAUGUAAAUUGUUAUUUGCGCUUGUCGAAAUUAUACACACGUACGUGCAAUAAACACGACUAGCCGUUGUCGAUUGUAAAAAUAUCUAAUACCAAUCUAAGGAUAGUAAUGUUAAAUUUUAUUUUUUUAUUAUUAUUAUUAUUAUCAGAAUACCAAAAAAAAAAUAUAUAUAUAUUAUUUGUAAAGAUUAAUCUGUGUAUUAUAAUUUUUAAAAAUUUUUUUUUUUUUGUUUUAAACUGUGUAAUUGGUGCCAAAAUGUAGAAAUUAGUAUUGAAAAUAAUGCCAGUUAUAUAAUUUUGUUGCUCAAUUACUUACCAUUUUGAUGUCCAAAUUUGUUAGAUUAUUAUUAUUAUAUAUUUUUUUUCGUUUUCUAUUUUUGUUUCAUUGUGUUAUAUAUUAGACUUGGGGACCAACCUUUUGCCUAUUACACCUUAAACAAAAUAAAAAUUUAAAAAACCAAGUGAUGUAUUCAAAAUAUAGAAGAAAAAAACUAUUACUAUGUAAAAAAGGAGAGUUUUAUUAGUAUUAGUUUGUACGAUGAUAGUUAUUUUCAUAUAAGCGAUAAAAAAAAUUAUAUAUAUUAUUUAAAAAAAAAAUAGGUGCUCUUUAAAUUUUUUUUUUUUUGUGAAAAUUGUUUUUUUUUUUUUUAAUUAACCAUUUUAUUCUUGUUGUAAAAUAAUAAGAAAUAAUGCAUUCCUUUUUUUGUGUUAAACGUACAUACAUAUAUACUUUUUUUGUUAUCUUCGACCGUUGUGGAAAAUGUGAGUAAUCCUGUUGUAAUGCGCUGGUUUUUUAUAAUUUCAAUGUUUGUAAUAUUAUUUAUGAAAAAAAAAAAAAUUGUUAAUGUAAUUAUUAUAUUGUAAUGUUUUUGUAUAAUUUUCGUUUCAUAGACAAGUCGUUUAACUUGGAAUAAAACAAUUAUUUAAAAACGAAAA